UGUUAAUUAAUAAGAAGUUAACCGUGAACUUAAAACUCUGAUUUCUUUUCUUUCAUAGUGUACAGUACAUAUACUUAGUUAAGAUGUUCAAUACAGUUUUGGUCGUUCUUUUUAUCGCCGAAAAUUUGAUGCAUGUAUGUGAAUGUGUUCCUACAAAACAAAAGUUACUACAAAGUUCACUUCGAAAACUCUCAAGUGGUUCGGGUGACUUUAAUCCAGCCAAUAAAGAUGAAGAGCUUAUUACAGCAGCUGCCAUUGGUAAUGCAUACCUUCUAUCAAAACUUAUUGAAAAAGGUGCAAAUAUUAGUGCUUGUGACCAUCACGGUAUGACUGCUCUGCAUUGGGCUGCUGAAAACGGUCAAUACGAUGCUGCCAAAUUUCUGAUUGAAAGUGGUGCUGACGUCAAUGUACAAGAUCUCUUUUUCAAUACACCUCUUCACAUCGCUUCUAGUAACGAUAAUCCAAGAAUGAUGAAAAUGUUAAUAAAACACGGAGCCCGCUUAAGUAUAAAGAACUUAGCAAACUACACCCCAAUCAAGAUGUGUACUGUCAAAGAUCAAUUGAGUCCAAUUUUAUCAGAAAUAAACGCGAAGGGUCUGAAGCUGCUUGAUGCAAUUAAAAAAGGACAAAUGAAUAUAUUUAACAAGCUAAUUAGCGAGGGAGUGGAUAUUGAUUUAGAAUACUAUGAGAAUCAAGAAGCAAAGACGCCUCUUUAUGAGGCAAUAUCAUUGGGUAAGAAUUAUUUUGUUACAUUUCUUGAGUUCAGUGGAGCCGAUGUAUCUGGAACAACUCCAAGUGGAAUGACUUUACGGGAAUUUGCAGCAUUGAAAAGUAUCUCUUUUCUUUCGAAUUCUAAAAACGUGGCAUUGAAAAUAGUAAGAGAGCAAAAAUAUGUGCAUGAAUGGCUUCAAGAAAAUCCCCCACAGAAGGAAAUUGAGAAACAACAAAGACAAAAUGGACAUGCGUUAACUUGGCAAGCAUAUCAUCGUUUUGACGAUAUUUACGCAUUUUUAAAACAUUUGGCUAAAAAGUAUCCCAAAUUGUGCAAGGUUUCAAAUAUUGGACAAACACCUGAAGGACGUCCACUCGUUUUAUUAAGAAUUUCGAAUGGCAAAGCAGCGAACAAAGCAAUUUGGAUUGAUGGUGGUAUACAUGCAAGCGAAUGGGUUAGUCCAGCAGCUGUAACUUACAUUGCGAAUGAUUUGGUCUUGAACUGGAAUAAGCAGCCGGAACACGUUAAGAAUAUAAAUUGGCAUAUUGUGGCUGUGUUGAAUCCGGACGGAUAUGAAUUUUCACAUCAAAAUGGCAAUCGAUUUUGGCGAAAGAAUCGUAAUUCGAAAGGAGGUAAUUGUGUGGGAGUGGAUUUGACGCGAAACUUUGGAUAUAAUUGGAAUGGACAUGGAUCCACGUUAACUAAUGAAUGUAACGAAAAUUAUGGUGGUCCUCGUCCUUUCUCCGAGCCAGAAACAGAAGCAGUUCAAGGUUUUUUCAAUAGAACCGUAGAAAAAUUUUGUGCAUUCCUCACUUUCCGUAGUUUUGGUAGAUACAUUACAUAUCCUACUGGUUGUAGAAUGUCAAUGUCACAUGGUGAGACUUUGAAGCGCGUUGGCGAAGAAGGAGUAAAGCAAAUGAAUGCACUGAAAAAUCAAAGCUAUAUUGUUAGUUCGGUAUCUAAACCAGCGACCGGUAGUCCCGACGAUUGGGCUCGAAGUAUUGGCAUCAAAUAUACAUACACUAUAAAAUUACGUGAUAUGGGUCGUUAUGGAUAUCUUCUACCCGUUGGCCAAAUCUUACCUACAGCUCUAGAGGCACAAGCAUUUCUUCGGUCCGUAUCAAAGGCGAUAUUUGAAGACUUAAAGAGCGGAAAAUUAUAACAAUUCUUCGCAUUUUUUGUCAAAUUAAUAAUUCUUAUUUCUUAGCUUUAAUAAUUAAAAUUUUGCAAAAAGAUAUAUCGGAAUAUUUUCGGAAUACACAUGUGUUUGGAAUUUUUUUGUUUUGAGAUGACAACAUUCUAUAGAGCAUUUUAAAUACGUUGAAGCACAGAUGUGGCAACGAGAAUUGUAUAAAAACAGAUAUUCAUCGAAUAAAAAAUUAAUAUAUUUUUAUGAACUCUUGCGAUCAGUAGUCGUUCACUUCUAAUCGUAUGUUUUCGAUCAAUAUGAAA